UGGGCGGAAAAUGGUUCUACCUCUCCUUGACUCCUUUAUUCCUUAGGCUUCUUAUGGCCGAGAUUGAGGUCUAAGGAAUGAGCCAUAGUAACAUAGAGAGAUCGUAAGCUUGUGUGGUGACGGAAGCAUUGGGAACAUUUCACCUAAUGCUCUCUACUCAAGGGGUGGCUAGCUUAGACGUCGUGGAACCUCUGUUCUUUCGGCCGAGUUUCCGGAGGAUAUUAAUUAUGAAGGGACUCUGUGGCGCGACAGUUUAAUUCUCCGGCGGCGCCAGAUUGUGGCGGAGAGAUGGUUCUGGCGGGGCUCAUCAGGAAACUCGGCCAUCAGCUGGCGGAGAUCAGGGAACGUGCCCUCAAAAGUAUACUGUGCAAGAUCGAGCACAACUUGAUCUGCUAUGCUGACUUGAUUCAGGAAAGGUUGCUUUUUCUCCAUUUGCUCGAAUGGUUCAAUUUCCCAUCUGUCCCAAUGAAAGAGGAGGUUCUGAACUUGUUAAGCAGAUUGGUUAAGUAUCCUCCAGCUGUCCAACACUUGAUUGACCUUGGUGCAGUAGAAUUCUUAUCUAAGCUCCGUCCAAAUGUGGAGCCAGCAAUACAGGCUGAGAUUGAUGGCAUUCUCGAUGGACUUUUCAUUCUUCCUUCAGAAGUUCCUGCACUGUGUUCUUCCACUUACCACACUGAUCAAAUUGAAUUGUCACAACAACCUGAAGUUUUAACAGGAUAUUUCCCCCAAGACAAAAGUAAUUUCCAGCAGAUGGAAGUACCAUCAGGGCCAGCAGGAAACCCGACGACUGUGAAGUGGCUGAGGUUCUCUGUGUUCCCUUGGCUACCCCUGACCACAACAGACAGACAUGUUCUUUCUUCCAAUGAAAGCUCUUUGAGAAGUAGUAACCACACUCUGAUCUGGAACACCUGUGAACUUCUGAAGGACGUGAUCAUGCAAGACUUUCCUGCUGAGAUUUUUCUUCAGAGGCCAAAGAUUGUUCAGGGUCUUUUGGGUCUGGUGAAGCUUGCCUUUGGAGGAGAUGGGAAGCAUCGUCUGGCAUUACAGUCAGUGUCCUGUUUGCAGCAGCUGUGCACAAGCUUAAGAAACAGACUCAACUUUUACAGAGACCCCAACCUUUUUGCGAAUAAACAAGACACAAUCUCCCAGAAUUCUUCUUUGUCUUACUGUCAUGAAGCAAGAGGUCCUUACCAUUCCCCAAACCCAUCCCCAGGAAGCAGUAGCUCUCGGCCUUCUGUGGUUGGGCGCACAGGCCAGCGACCCCGAGGAGAUGGCCAGGACUGGGAUGCGGUAUCUUCCAGUGGAAGUAGUAGUCACGCACAUGUGAACUCUAGGAUAUCUGUGCAUUCUCCUUUGGACGUGGCACAUGUAGAUCUGCCAGAGCUGGAAGCAGAGGAUGCACUGGAGCUGCAGUUCCAGCAGCUUAGUCUUCCUCAGUUCUGCAUCUCCAUCCUGGAGGCAGCAGUUCCUCUGCUGAGAACAGGCAGCAGAGAGAUGAUAAUAAGAGUUCUGGAACUUCUUGCAGAGGAUAUGCUACUCAUUGGACAAGCAAUUUCAUCUGAAAUCUGGGAUGAUAACAACCUCUUUGCUAUAGAUGUGAAAGAGAAACUACUCCAAGUGUUGGAGUCCCUUGGAGAAACCAUGUGCUACCGUAAAACCAGUUUUAACUUGGAGCAAGCAGAGGCUGUACUAGUGCACCACAGGAUGGCUUUUGUCAGCAUCUCACUGUUCACAGUUCGACUGUUGCAAAUUCUUCUCCCUGUUGAAAAGGCGAGUGAGUUUUUGCCAGAGUCCAUGUCAGCAGCAUUAUUUUUUGUCUCGUUGGACAUGCCUAUUUCUUUGGAAUAUCCAGAGAUUCAUGAUACUGUUGUGGCUUACUUGGAACAGCUGGAUUCUGAAAAUUACAGCAUUUAUAAGCGAACUGCAGAGGCUGUUUAUUCAAUUGAGUGUACCUGUAACUUCCUGUCUGAUGUGGGGAAAGAGGGAGAAAAGAAUCUUCUGGAAUUAGUGGAGCUGGCGGACCAAGCCUUGCGUAGCUUUUCCUAUCAUCAGCAUUCUCCCCUAAUAAAGGAAAUCAUCUACAUUUGUUCAAAGAUCUGGAAAUCUGCACAGGCUAGUCCAUUACUCCAGGGAGAGAGUCAGAAGGUGUUUCUUCAUAUGCUGUCUCACCCAUUGCCACAGGUGAAGGUGGAGACUUACCAGUGCUGCCUGGAGAUUGUGAAGGAAUGUUUAGGUGUCCAUAAUGUCACUAAACCUGUGUCUUCACUUUGUAGUGGAAUUCAUUUUCUGCUUCAUCCAAAAGUUCUAUAUGAAAUCUCUGCAUUUGGUAUGCAAGAAUCCAAAAAUGAGCAGGUGAAUGUUGCUGCCAAGACCAUUCUGCUAUAUCUGCUUCAGGGACGAUUGAUGAUGACAGCUCUGACCUGGAACAAGUUUAUCGAAUCUCUCUGUCCUGUCAUUCCAGUGCUACAGGGCUAUGCUGAUACAGAAGAUCCUUUAGGCAACUGCAUUCUCCUUCUAAGCAACGUGAGUUCUGAGGCAGAAGAAGGCAUUCUCCCCUGCACUACCCAGCUGAAGUCUGUGCUACGACUUUUGCUAGUAAAAAAACCUGCGGUUCGUUCACUAGCAUUAAAACUUUUAGCAUCUCAUCUUAGCAGUGAAGAAGGGGCUGAUAAAAAGCGCCCAUUCAUAGAUGCUAGAGUUCUCUCCAGAGUUACUAAUUUGUUUAUUGUGAAAAGACCUAUUGACCUUAAGUUGGAUGACAGAAGAGAACUAGUUAUUAAGUUGGAGACUGUUAAAAAGGUGUAUGAAAUCUUCACCUCAGAUGAUGUUGAUCUUGUUUUAAGAAAGUCAGCUGCAGAGCAACUAGCUGUGAUAAUGCAAGAUAUUAAAAUGCAUGCUGUGGUGAAAAAGUUAUGCUUAGUUGAGAAGAUUAUUCAAUAUUUAAAUGAAUUCGUGAGUCAAGAUGGCAAGGUUAUAGAAUGCUUGAUUCAGCCAUGCCUCACACUCCUGAGGAAGGUUUUGUAUGCUGACCCAGUUAUCCGUGUUUCCUUGUCACAGCAGGCCUCUCUCUUGACCCUGUUACUCAGAGUUUCCUUGAUACUUCAUGAAGAUUGUACUGUGGUGGCUGAAGUCGGGGCAUUGUUUUGUCUUCUAUUGUUUGAUGAAGUAUCAAGAAUGGAUACGUGGUCCGAUAAUCUUUCUAAUAAGCCUUCUUUGUCACCAGUCUUCAGUUUGCCUGUUUCAGUCUUUAGAAGAUAUCAUCUACCAGUUCAUGUGAUUGGCCACCAUGCUGUGAGUCCUUACUCAAUAGUUUUGCCAUUAUCUACUGAAUGUUUGGCCCUGAAGCCUGUGUCAGAUAUGCUGAGAAUAGCUUGGAACCUGGCAUGGUAUCAUGGGAGUGAUAAUUUAUUGAAACAAAUGACCUCUGAAGCUAAAAUUCAAGAAUUUGUAGAUACACUGCAGCUGUCCACAGAAGAUAUUCUGACACUGAAGAUCACAUACACAGAUAGUGGGCUGAAGGACUGCCUUCAGUCCAUCGUUCAGGCUGGAGGCCACAGGGAUGUGAGGGCUGCUAUUACCAGGAUGAGUUUUUAUCUUUUGAAUGACAAACUGUCUUUGAAGGAUGAUAUUGGUCCAUGUGGAGUUACUUUAAAAUCCUUGGCCUGGCACACUGUGCUGAACAGGUUUUUACAAGUUCUUCCUGCUUGCACUGAAGAUGAGAAACUGCUAAUAGAUAUCAUACAUUUUUUGAAUAAGUUAAUAAAGGAACAAAGGAAAAACCCAUCAAUAGAACUUUUAAACUGGAUUCUGGAAUUACUUCUUAGGCAUAAUCCAAACCCACUAUUAGACCUGCUGGUUCUGACAGAGUCACAUGCCCGAGAAGAAACAGAUGACGUCCAGACUGCUGUCAGACAGCAACUCCAGAAAGAACUGAUUAGUCUUCUCAAUUCCUUGUUGCUGGUUUUCAUGACAGUCUCUGACAGAAAAUGCUUGGAACUGUUUUCCGUUUUCCAAACACAGCUGUCUCUGAAGCUACUCCAGUGCCUCAGAGUCACAGAUGCUCCCCAUUUCUAUGGCUUACCUUCAUUGGAGCGGACCUUAGCAGGCAUGGCUCACCUCACUUCCUUCCCUGGGUGGAGUGCACACUCUCCUCUUUCAAAGCCACUUGAGAUUUGUGGGAAGUACUUGUCAGGUCUCCUGGAGGUAAUUACUUCUUUUUAUGUUGAACGGGGAGGAAAUGCUAUGUCCUUCAUGGGGAAAGGUGUUACGAAGAGCACAAUUCUUUGCUUACUUCACUUAUCCCAUGAGAUGAUAGUCCAGGCACCAAGUUCGGAGUGGAUGCCACUUUGGUUCUUGCCUUUGGGUAGUCACAGUGAAGAACAUGCCCCUACUCAGCAAGGAUUGGCCUGGCUGAUUCCCUUAUGGGUUGAUCGAGACCCAGAGGUGAGAUUCACUUCACUGGGGUUGGGAUCAGCACUGACUACUAUUGAAGCUGGCUGUGUUGCCUUGGCAGACAGUUGUCAGAAUAUUUCUGGUGGGCUGUGGGGAACGGUGGUGAACAUUCUUCUGGAUCAGUCAGAAUGCAGUAUGGUACGCCGGGAGGCUGCGUUUAUUCUUCAGAAUCUCCUUGUAAUUCCAAUGCCUUCAGAAGUUACAAAGGAUUAUACUUGGCAGGGUCCCUGUGUCCAUGAUGAGGAUUCUGGCCUGUCACUUUCAGGAAAACCUGCCCUCCAGGCCCUUUUGUAUCACUGCCGUUUCUAUGAACAUUUGACUCACAUGGUAAAACAUUGUUACAUAGGAAGAUAUAUGUUUGAUUUUAAUUUUUCUGCUUUUACUGAAACUUCAGAAUACAGUGAUUUAAAUGGUUUAGAUGACUCAUUCAAGUUUUGGAGGGCCCCCUCUGGGACAUCUAGUCAGAAUCAUGAGCCAAGCUCUCUUUCCACCUCAGAAACAAUGGUGGCGGCCUCUGUGGUCAAUGCUGAGAUUCAACCCCCGCUGCCAUCAACACUUCUUCCUGAAACUGCACUUGACCAGUUUGUCACGCAAGGUCAACGUGAACUCAGACCAGUGCAACCUCAUGACUCAUCGAUGUCUGCUUCCCUGCACAGGCAGUAUGUGUUGGUUACUCCGUCUCUGCUGUCAGCAAUCUGUAGCCUUUUAGACAACCUCUUGGCAGUUACUCCAAGAGAUGCUGCAAAUGCUUUUCAACAAGCUCAUCUCAUAGAACUCCUCUGUAGCACUGUGGAUGCCUCCCUCAUAGAAAUGUGCAUCCAGGACCUCAAGACCCCUCAGCCUUUACCAUCUGCUGUUGAACAUACUCAGGCUCAGGCUUCCUUUUUCUUGGAAUACCUUUCCUCUUUGUCCCAGCUUUUAAAGUCCUGUCUGUUGGUAGAACCUGAACUUGUGACACAAGAUGAGCUCUUGAAACCUCUUAUGACUAAUGUCAUCCGAGUUCUCAUUGUGUGCACCAAAGAUGUAUUGGAUGUACAGUUAGUGUUGACUUUUUAUCGCACAUGGACGCAUUUAUUUGACCUUCUGGCCACACUACUGAGGAAAGCUGGUGCUGUCUCCCUUGUUCCUCUUACCUCAGCUCUUGCCAAGCACUGGGAGGCAGUGACUGAUACACUGUGUAGAUGUGUGGGCCUCUCAGUCCAGUGCCCUGCCCUGAGUAUUGCCAGCCUCCAGUUCCUGUCUGUUCUCUUGGCUGAGGAAGAAAAGAGGCGUGUCCAGUACAAAGAGAAAAUAAAUGAUUGCCAGGCCCCAGCAGUGGCCUCACUUCUUGAUGGAACUCAGGGAAGCCUUAGAUCUUCAGAGCAACUUAAUGAAACAAUUCUACAGUGCUAUGAAGGAAUAUCCCCUAAAGAUGUCCUGAAAAGAGUUGCUGCAAAUGCCCUGAUGUCACUUCUGGCUGUCAGCAGAAGAGCGCAGAAGCACGCUUUGAGAUCUGAUCUCAUAGAAAACUGUAUGGAGCAGAUGAAGCACAUCAAUGCACAACUGAACUUAGAUUUGCUGAGGCCUGGGAAAGCAGCACUGAAAAAAAAGGAGGAUGGCUUCAUUAAAGAGUUAAGCAUCGCUAUGCAGCUUCUAAGAAACUGCCUUUAUCAAAAUGAAGAAUGUAAAGUAGCAGCUCUUGAAGCACGUCUUGUACCUGUACUGCACUCUCUCUGGCCUUGGCUUUUGAUGGAAGAUUCAUUGAUGCAAAUUGCCUUGCAGUUGCUUUGUGUCUAUACUGCAAAUUUUCCAACUGGCUGCAGUUCCCUUUGUUGGUCAAAUUAUGGACAGUAUAUUCAAACUGCACACAGAGGCACCCCCAGUAGCUCCCUGAUACUGUGUAUCCUGAAACUGGCUUCUCAGAUGCCUGCAGAGAACACCACCAUUCAGCAGAUGGUUUUUAUGUUUCUUUCAAACUUGGCCUUAUCUCAUGACUGCAAGGGAAUAAUUCAGAAGAGCAACUUUCUACAGCACUUCCUGUCUCUGACAUUGCCUAAAGGAGGAAAUCAACAUCUCAGCAAUGUGGCCAUUCUGUGGUUGAAGUUACUCCUGAAUAUGUCAUUUGGAGAAGAUGGACAGCAAAUGAUCCUGAGGCUGGAUGGCUGCUUAGACUUACUCAUAGAGAUGAGCAAGUACAAGCACAAGAGCAGCCCUCACAUGCCUCUGCUGAUCUUUCAUAACAUUUGCUUCAGUCCUGCUAAUAAGCCUAAAAUCCUGGCUAAUGUAUUAAGCAUAUGGAUACAGUUGGAGAGAAGUCAUUUCUCCAGCUCUCUCACUCUUGACCUCAAUGGACUUUCUAGACACAGGUCAGAAAAAGUUGUUACCCUUCUGGCUUCCUGUUUAGAAAGUGAGAGUCAAAAUGCCCAGAGGAUUGGAGCAGCUUCACUUUGGGCUCUAACUUACAAUUACCAAAAGGCAAAAGCAACUUUGAAAAAUCCAUCAAUAAAAAGAAAAGUAGAUGAAGCGUAUUCCAUAGCAAAGAGAACUAUCUCAAACUCAGAAGAAGACCCUCUAAAUUCCUACUAUUUGAAAUGCCUUGAAAAUCUUGUACAACUGCUUAACUAUUCCUGACCCACAAGAUACUCUACUCCAAAUGUGACCUCCAUCCACAGGAGAUCUGGAUCAGCUUUGUAUAACAGCUGCUCCCUGAAUGAUGCUAACUCUGCAGUAUCAGUACCUGCCUUUCCUGUGAGACAGCAGCCGCCACACUGAAAGGAGUAGAACUAGUGACUUCCCAGGAUGUUCAUUCCUGGCAGUCUUCCAGAAGUGAAGACUUGCUGACCCAAGAUGCUGCAAACACAGAAUUCUAGCAAUAUAAACAUUUUUAUACUUUUCUAUGCAAUAUAUUUUGUAAAAAUGUCUAUUUGAUAGUUAUUUAAUAAAUAAUAUUUUUAGAAACUA